AUGCUGUCGCAGGAGGCGGAUCGGGUGAUGCGGUACCUGGCCGAGGUGGAGGAGCUCGCCGAGGAGGUGUUAACGAGCAAGCAACAGAUUGUGGACCUGGACACCAAACGGAAUCAGAACCGGGAGGCCCUGAGGGCCCUGCAGAAGGAUUUCAGCCUCUCUGAAGAUGUGAUGGUUUGCUUCGGGAACAUGUUUAUCAAGAUGCCUCACCCUCAGACGAAGGAAAUGCUUGAGAAAGACCAGGCUCAUCUGGAUGUAGAAAUAGAGAAACUCCGGAAACAACUGAAACUGAAGGUCAACCGCCUCUUUGAGGCCCAAGGCAAGCCAGAGCUGAAGGGUUUUAACUUGAACCCCCUCAACCAGGAUGAGCUUAAAGCUGUCAAAGUCAUCUUAAGAGGAUAA